AUGAAAAAAGCAACCGAACGUGUCUUUCAGCUAAAUAUUGCACAGGAUGAAAUAAAUUCACAAGUUCAACGAAUACAAGAAAAAGUAACUGAACGUCUAUCACAGCGGAUUUUGCCAACACAGCCAGCUGUUGCCAAAUCAGCACAGCUUCUUUGUGGAGGCUCCGCUUGUCAUAAAUGUGAGAAAUGUCGUGACUGGUACGAUACUACAGCUGAUCUAGAUGAUAAGGCACGUCGUUUUCGUAAACUUUCCCUUGGUGGCUUAUGUUUCAAAAAGCGUACGAAUACAACGUGUAAUCUUGUUCGUCUGUACGGUCUACUUCAUCCGUGUCGAUGUACUGAUAACAAGGACGAUAACGCAGAUUGA